AUGGUCAUCAAAAAGCGCUGUCUUCUCUGGGAUUGGACAAACACCAAGAACUGUCCCCAGAUGAUGGACAAGGUCGACUUCCACGGCCCCUUCGUCUCCGUCUCCAACUGGAACACCUGGUAUCCCACAGAACUCAAACAUCGUGCUCCAUUCCGGCCGAUGGUUCGACUGGAAGCGCAACUCUCUGGCCAAGACUGGCAGAACAUCCUCGACUCUACUGAAGCCAUCAUUCACUACUUCAAUGAGCCCGAGCGCGCUAACAUCUCCGCCCAACAUGCUGCUGAUCUGUGGCACAGGCAGAUGGUCCCUCUCCGCAAGAGCAAGGGUAAAAAGCUUGUCAGCCCCAGUUGCUCGAAUGACCAAGCCGGUCAAGCGUGGAUCGCAGAUUUCAUGGGCCGGGUCCGCAACAGUCCUCCCAAUUAUCUUGGUCUCCAUUACUAUGGUACGAAAGGCAGUGAGGCAAUUGGCUUUAUCCAGUCGAUGCACAAGAAGUUCCCGAAGCAGAAGGUUAUUGUUAGUGAGAUCGCGUGUAUCUCUCGCAACUAUCAUGACGUGUUGAAUUUCACGGUCCAGGUGACGAAUUGGUUGGAUCAGCAGGAUUGGGUGGCUGAAUAUGGUUGGUUUGGGUGUAUGGAGCAUCCUGCUGACAAUUUCGUCAGCCCAGCGGCGCAGUUGAUGAAACCGGAUGGAAAAUUCACAGACUUGAUGAACAGGAUCAUGCAUGACCAACCGAUGAAGGUGUAG